CCCGGACUACAUUUCCCAGCGUCCAACGCGGUGGCGCGGCGGGGCCGCUGGCGCCGGCCAAGAUGGCGGACGGGGCGCUGAGCCCCGGCGUGAACCUGGAGGCGUUUUCCCAGGCCAUCGCCGCCAUCCAGGCGCUGCGCUCCAGCGUCACCAGGGUCUUCGACUGCCUCAAGGAUGGGAUGCGCAACAAGGAGACCCUGGAGGGCCGCGAGAAGGGCUUCGUGGCCGCCUUCCAGGAGAGCUUGCACUCCGUCAGCCGCGACCUGGGGGAACUGGAGCGUCUGAGCAACCUGGUUGGGAAACCCUCAGAGAACCACCCCCUGCACAACAGCGGGCUCCUGAGCCUCGACCCCGUGCAGGACAAAACCCCCCUCUACAGCCAGCUUCUCCAGGCCUACAAAUGGUCAAACAAGUUGCAGUACCAUGCUGGGCUGGCAUCUGGCCUUUUGAAUCAGCAGUCACUGAAACGUUCGGCCAACCAGAUGGGAGUCUCUGCAAAGCGCAGACCAAAAGCCCAGCCAACAACUCUUGUCCUGCCUCCUCAAUACGUUGACGACGUGAUCAGUCGGAUUGAUAGGAUGUUCCCUGAAAUGUCCAUCCAGCUCUCCCGGCCAAAUGGAACCUCUGCAAUGCUUCUGGUUACCUUAGGAAAGGUGUUAAAAGUGAUCGUGGUGAUGCGGAGCCUCUUCAUUGACCGGACAAUCGUCAAAGGCUACAACGAGAACGUCUACACCGAGGAUGGCAAGCUUGACAUAUGGUCUAAAUCCAACUAUCAAGUUUUUCAGAAGGUGACAGAUCAUGCAACCACUGCCCUGCUGCACUACCAGCUGCCCCAGAUGCCGGACGUGGUGGUCAGGUCUUUCAUGACCUGGUUAAGGAGUUACAUAAAGCUGUUCCAGGCUCCGUGCCAGCGCUGCGGGAAGUUCCUGCAGGACGGCCUGCCACCCACGUGGAGGGACUUCCGAACGCUCGAGGCUUUCCACGACACCUGCAGGCAGUAGGAGCCCAGAGCUGCCAGCAGCAGGGUCAGGGACAGCGCUGAGGGCUCCACUGCUGAACCUCCCGGUCCUAAGCAGUGAGGUUGCACUGAAACACAUAAAAACACAUUUGACUCCGGAGCAGCAUCUGCCAGGCACAUGUGAGACUUGAUCCGUCUUGGAGGGGAAGAUGUGUGCGAUCCGAAAUGAUCUGCCCGGGAAGAUCUGGCAGCAGUUAUCAUUACUCUAAACUUUAAUGAAAAUAUCCUUUGUACGGUUUUGCGUUCUGUGACGGGAUUUGCAGUGCCGAGGACUUUUGUAAGUUUGAAAUGAAUUUUGUAUUCUCGA